ACACUCCGCGAAAUACAGACGCCUCAGAGAAGUUAGAAACAGGUCAUAACCUACAGUGACUAUGCAGCCACUAUUUUAGGAUAAACCUAAACACCACUUGAAAGAAGCAACGGGGUGGAAAAUAAAAAAGAAGCUCCAUUAAUACAGAGUGAGCGUGAUACAUUGUUGCAUUGUAUCAAGCUUGUUCCAACUACUUGACUACUAACGAAAUAUAUUGACGUCCGAUCCCACGAGGGCAGAAAGCAGAGUUCAUGUGCGACAUAUACAGCCUGGAUUCUCAGUGCGUAUCUUCACAAUGCAACAUGAGUUGGGCGGUGGAGCCUAUCAACUUCUACGACAAUAAACUGAGCAGCGGUCUCCAGGGGGUCUGUAAACCCGGUAGAGGUGAUCAUGGCACGGCCGAGGAAAACACCAUGGCCGAGUUAAGUACAGCCCCUGCAAUGUACGACGACGAGAGUGCCAUCGACUUCAGCUCCUACAUCGAGUCGAUGACAGCAGUGCCACACCUGGAACUCUGCAACGAUGAACUUUUCCUUGACUUAUUCAACACUGUGAAGCAAGAAAAGACCGACUUAUGCAUGUCCGCCUCGACAACAUCGUCCAGCAACAUGCAACAUAUGUCAAGUUGUUCAACCAACGCAUACGCAUUUGGAAGCCAAAAAGAGUUCGAGAGGAAACUCAAGGGGGGAUUUGACAAGGGGGCCUUCAGCGCACCGGUCAAGCAGGAAUCGGACUGGAGCGACAGUGACAUGUCCUCGUCGUUACCUUCACAGAUAGAAACCUGCGAAAAGACCUCCGUGAGCCGUCUCAUGGGACAACCAACUCCGCCAACAACCCCAGAGCCCAUCUCAAGCCACUCCAGUGUCAGCUCAACCCAGUCCUCUCCCCGGAAGGUCGGCAAGGACAGAGGGAAAAAUAAUGUUGACAGGUACAGUCAUGAGUACCGCCAGAGACGCGAGAGGAAUAACGUUGCGGUGAGGAAAAGCAGGGACAAGGCAAAGCAACGCAACGUGGAAAUGCAGCAAAAUAUGCUUGAACUGGGUUCAGAGAAUGACAGAUUACACAAAACCAUCGAUCAGCUAAAUCGUGAGCUCACUGGGCUGAGGGAUUUCUUCAAGCAGCUUCCCAAUCACAAUUCCUCGUUUGUGGGGACCACGGGUGGGGACAUCCGGUGACAAAUUGUCACUUUCUAAUGAACUGAACUGAGCUUUUGAAAUACAUACCUCAACAGACUUUUAUUACCAUCUGUGUAACAGAUGCAUUACAAAAAGCGUACAUUUAUGGCACUGGAAAUGUACUGGAAACCGGAGGCCUACUCCCAUAUUGCUGCCAUAAUCGUUUUUGGGAAAAAUGUUUUUGUAUAUUAAAUUAUUUUACCGCUUCAUUUACAUAUUGUUAUACCAGAUAUGAUACAUGUUUUUAUAAUUCCAAACUUUGUAUAAGAGUUUUGUAUAUAGUUUGAGUUUUUGUAUAUAGUUUGUAUAAAAAACUUGAAAUAUUUGUCUAUGGAAUCUCUAAUAAAAGUGCUGAAAAGUCAUACAAA